AUGUCUUUUGUUGAUGUAAAAUCUUUAGUUAAUCCGUUUACUCCAAAUUUUUCUUGUGGAGUAGACGCGGAAGGUACUAGGGGCGGGUUAGCAGUUUUCAGUUGGUAUGAUGGGUAUUUUAGUUGCAUUGCCUUAACUCCUAAUUAUAUUCUAUGUAAUCUCAAAGAAGUUAAUGAAAGUAGUAGAAAUAUUUUGUUUUUGUACGAAGAGCCCAAAAUAGAGGAAAGAUCUAGAGUAUGGGAUGAGCUUUCUACCUUUCUUUCCUUAACUCCUAAUUGUCUUUUAAUUGGGGAUUUUAAUCAAGUGGACUCCCUGCAAGAUAAACUUGGGGGUUCCCUUAGCAUACGGGGUCUUGGUGAUUUUAUGGAUUGGAGGUUGGAAAAUGAACUCAUGGAUAUUCCCUUCUCCGGCCCACGUUUUACUUGGACGAACAAAAGAAUUAGUGGAGGUCUUAUUAUGGAAAGAUUGGAUAAAGCUCUAUGUACAAACAAUUGGUUUGUUGAGUUUCCAGAUGGUCGUGUCUUCCACAAGCCGAUUAUAGUUUCAGAUCAUGCUGCAGUUUUAUAUGACUUGGAACCUUCAAUACCCAAGGCAAAUAGGCCGUAUCAACUAGAGAGAUGGUGCCUUCGAUUUAGUGAGAUAAAGGUGUUAACUUCGGAUACUUGGAUGAGAAAAAUUAAUGGUUAA